GUGGUCUCAUCCAUGCAUGGACCAUCGCGCAAAACAUGGCGGCUUCGCAAUGGAUGGAAGGAUCGAGCGAGGAGGAAUGAAAUGAUUUCGGUUCGGUGCUGUUGUUGUCUGUUUCUGCGGCUGAAAGAUACAUUCUGGAGGCAUGUCUGCUUUGGAGGAGAACACCAACAUAGAUGAACAUGAUGUCUCCAUAUCAGAAAUCUCAGAGAAUAUGUUAAGCACCCAGACAUUCUCUCUUGGUGGAAGUGUGUUAGAACCAUCGAUGCAGUGCUCACGUGAGAACAUGACACCAAACGGUGACCAAGCAGAUCUCCUCACGCACGUCCGUUUUAUUGAGUCCAUCUGCGCCGAUGGGCCCGCCAAAGCUGCUUAUGUCAAUGGAUCGGCUUCGCCCAAUAUUUCAGAUGAAAUUCUGUUAGAUAUCUCCAAAAAUGUGCCAGGGUUCCUGCCCAAAUCACUGGCCACACAAAAUUCUACAGUCGCCACCAGCGUCCAGUUUGAAGAAUGUGAUCCACUUAGGAAGGACGGUGAAAUGACCAUUAGACAGAUGUUAACUGCUGAAGAUGUUGAAAAUCGAGGCAUAUGGGGCUUUGAUGAAGAAACUCCAGAGAACUCGCUUGACUGUUAUGAUGAUGGUAAUGACCUGAGCUGGAAUCCACACAAAGAGUUUAUGAAGUUCUUGCUGGAGGAUCCUGAUCGUACUGAACCUGAGGAGAAGGUGCCCACUAUCCAGCCAGCUGUUAACAAUAGGAGGAGAAAGCGUAAAAUGGACAUGGUGGUGAUGGUAGAUCCUUCAGAAGAGCCCUACAUAGAGUUUGACUCUGAAUCACAAAACGAUCACUUGGGUGAAGGCAGCCAAACACCAUACUCAAACGGAACUGCAGUGGCCUUGAAACACCUUUUUCCUAAACCAGCAAAAAACAGGAAGGGUCAGAAGGGGUUGGAGUUGGAGGACGAAACAGUGUUUUUCCCAAGUAAUAGCAAAUGGAAUGCGAAAUCGAAUUCACAGAGGCACUCAAAAAAACAUUUAUAUGCUCCAGAUCUGUCGCCAUUCAUAUGCAAAGAGUGUGGAAGGUCAUUUUUUGAUCACAACUCGUUUUUAAAACACAUAACUGUCCACAAAAAGAAGAGCCGGAAGGUCAAGGAAACCGUUGGACUUAAAGACGAGGGCAGAGAUGCAAGUUUACAGUGUCCACAGUGCACUUUUGGAACCAACUGCCCCAACAAGUUUGUGCAGCAUGCGAAAAGCCAUGAGAAAGACAAGCGGUACUAUCGAUGUCAAAAGUGCCAUUUUAUGGCACUGAAUGAACCUGAGCUAAAGGGUCAUUUGCUUACGAAGCAUCGAGUCACAGAAGCUCAGUAUCUAGUAAUGGACAAACAAGAAAGUUUACAGGAACAGAAUGUCUGUGCAUCAGAUAGCAACGCAACAGCAAUGUCUUUCACCUGUAAGCUGUGUUAUUUUAAAACAAAAAACAAGAACAUCAUUAAAAAUCAUUUCGAGGUUUUUCACCGGAAGGACUUAAAGGAAGAUCUGACAGAAGGUGUACACUUCACGUGCAGUUCAGAAAAAAACGAGAAGAUGGCACAGCCUUCCUCAUUAUGCAAGUUGCCCAGUGUAGGUUCACAGUCGCCAGAGAGGGAAACAAAACGAUUACAGCCUGAAGACUGUAGGAAAAAACAGAGCGCUAAAUCUAAUCAAGUAACAGAAAGGCACAAAGCACGAAAACGAAAAGAGGUGGCAAAUAAAAAAGUGACCAAAAAUGGAUCUAGGGUUUACAAAUCCAUCAACACUCUUCUAUCUCGAAAAAGACGUAACCAGCAGACAACCUCCAAAACUGACACUAACAAAAAAACUGACAAUAAGAGUCUUACAGCUCUAGAGAGUCUAGAGUCUGAUAAAUGCUGCAGUGAUGAGGAUUCCCUUGAUCUCGAAACCACACAGUCUGGGAAAGAGGGUCUCAAAUCAUCUUCUAGGUUAAAGGGGGAUCUUUUUGCCCUCAAGAAGAGGAGUUCAAAUGGCACUUUGAAGUCUAGUGGAAGUGGUGGUACAUGUGAAGAGGUUAGCAAUAAUGGCGACAGUCCCCAAGAACAGAAAUCAAGAGGCAAGUUCAAACAUUUGGCCAAGCCAUCGUUGAAGAAAUCUCCUUCCAAAAGGAAAUUGUCCACUCCAUUCCACAACAUGCAAGGCCAAGAUAUCCUAAUUGACUUUCCCAAAUGUAAGCAAAAACUGAAGAAAAAGAUCAGCCCAGAAAAGAGCAAGGUUUUGAACGUUGAGGAGGAUGAUUUAGUUUAUGAUUCCAGCUUCCACCUUACAGAAAAAAGUGAUGUCCAAGACGGUUUGUAUAUCAACAGCAAGUAUUCACGCAAGCGUUCUUCUCCAGCGAAGGGAAGCCCACGUGCCUCUAGUGGAUACUUUGUCGAAGACCUAAGCUCCCCGCAGAAAUGUUCCAUCAAAGAAGAAUUCUUGGAAGAGACGUUGUGUGAUGAAGCAGUGAAUAGUGAGGAUGAUAUAGAAUUUGACCUGGACCUGAAAUCCUGCCCGUACUGUCCUGCUGAAUUCGAGUCAGGGAUUAGUCUCUCCAACCACAUUAGAGGGCAUUUACACAGAGAGGGUUUGAGCAGUGGUGAACAUCAUGAAGCAGCAGUAGCCCAGAUGGUAUCCCCUAAAAAAGUGCCUCAGGUUCGGCGAAGACUGGCUGCAAUGUCUCGAGUUAAAAAGGAGAACAGCCAGGCUGAGGCCGGGAAAACGUCAGAGGAACAGACAGAGCUCACCUGUCCACUAUGUAGGGAAUGGUUUAUCUCAAGGAUCGGACUGUCCAAUCACGUUCGGGGACACCUGAAACGGCUAGGAAAGACGUCCUCGGCUGCGUACCGGUCACCUAUCAAGGCACUGAAGGAACUGAUGCGUGACAAGAAGCAGUUCAACAUGAAGUUACAGGCUCUGGAAAAGAAAUGCAGAGCCUCGAAUAAAUUAUCUCCUUUUAGAGUCAGUAAUGGCCUCAUCUAUUCUAACGCCAAAGUGCAGCGCUUUGCACAUAGUGGCAAACAGCACAGACAGAUCUCUUCUCCAUCGGGAGAUGAAAAGAAAAGGACAGAGAUGAAAGAUGUGAUGAAAGGAUCACCAUCCAGUGAUCUUAUAGGAAUUUUAAAGAAGAGGCGCGCUCAUGAGGAGGCCAAAGUGAAGAGCUCAUUCCAGACAGCGAGGAAGGCUCUUCUUCUUUCUCCAAUUAAAGAGCGAGGUCCAGCACUACAUCAAUGUAAAGCACUGCAUAACUCAGUAUCAGUUUCAGAUAAAGGUGAACACAGCAGAAAGGUGUGCGCUCACUGUAAUACAUCAUUCCACAGUGGAGUUAGCCUGUCCAAUCACCUGCGAGCGUAUACACGCAGAAAAAGAAACACGCUUACUGAAGGAACGACUCAUGACUGUAAACAGAGGAAGCAGAGGUCAAGAAAGAAGAACUUUGGGUUCCACACUCCAGAAGAAAUCUACAGACUCACCUGCAGGUUUUGUGAUCUAGUCUUCCAGGGCCCGCUGUCCGUACAGGAGGACUGGGUGAAGCAUUUACAGAGACAUAUAAUGAACACUGCUGUACCACGCACAGGCGCGGGCAUGGUGGAGGUUACCUGCUUCCCUAAAGAGCCCAGCUCGGACACAGAAUCGCAGGCCAAGCCGUCCUCCUGAGCCCAGCACGCAUAGCGGAUUUCCCACUGUCCAUAAAAUGUAAUGUAAUUGUAAAUGAUUUUACUUCCCCCGCCAGUUUGUAUGAUUUUGAAUACCAAGGAAUUUGAAAUUUUCACUUUCUCUCUCAACGCACAGCGACGUUCAGCCCUUAACACACAGCUGUCUUUUUAUAUUGUUACAUUGUCCUGGUAUUUUAUAUGACGCAUAAAUAAUAGUGCUCAUGGUGGGUGAUUUUUUUUUGUUUGUUUGUUUGUUUGUUUUGGUUUUAUUUUAUUUUUUUUCCAACCGAGACCAACACCAAAAGACAACUGUUUACCUCAGACACUUCACACACCUUCUCAAGAUGGGUUUUAGGAUUUUAUGGAACUGCGAAUAGGCUCAACAAAACCUGAAAUAAUACUGUAUUCAUUUUAUUACAGUUGUUUUUAAGCUUUUAUUUGUUUUUACUUACUUUUCAACCCAGUUAAACCUUUUAUUCUCACACUCACUCAGUGAUUAUGUAUGGUGCAAAUGUAUAGGAAAAAAAAGUAGAUAUAUUUACUUUAUGAUUUUUUUUUUGUUUCGUUACAUACGAUUUAUGUUAAACAAACUGGUCUAUCAUUAUUGAGAGACUUAAACUGAUUUAUUUAGUAUGUGUGUCAUGACUUCAUUUCAUUAUUACACCUGACAGGGUUUAUUUGUUUUUAUCUUGUUUAUUUGGGUCACUUUUGGGUCAUCCCGUCACCUCAUUUUGAUAUCAUACACAAAAGUCUGAAAUGUAAAGUUCUGUUAUUUGUGCUGGAAAAAAGAACCAUUAACUGUUACUUAUAUUUGCAGUUAUUUUUACUGUUAUUUUUGUUAUAAACAUUUUUAAAUAAUUUAUGUCAAAAUGUAAAUCUUGAAAGAUUUUUGGUUGUGCAGAAUAAAAACGUUCUGUUGUUUUUUUUGGAUGUCUUUAA